AUGCUUCGGGUUCAUCACAGCCAACUGUUUAAUAUCGGUUUUCGAACCAUCUCUGCAUCUUCAGUCGCGCUUACAAAAGAAGUGGAUCUCAGUGAUCCGAAACAACUAGCGCUUCAUAAACUUUAUCGUCCAGAACGUGUGACUCCACGCGAGAAAGGUUACGAUCUCUUGAAAAAUCCGCGACUAAACAAGGGAAUGGCUUUCUCGUUGUAUGAACGCCAUUAUCUGGGAAUUCAUGGUCUGCUACCGCCCGCUUUUAUGACUGAGGAACAGCAAGCGUACAGAGUGAUGACGAAGCUUCGAGAACAACCGGAUGAUUUGGCGAAAUACAUCCAACUAGACGAACUACAAGACCGUACUGAAAAACUCUUCUACCGUGUUUUAUGCGAUAAUGUUAAAGAAUUAAUGCCGAUCGUUUAUACUCCUACUGUAGGCUUAGCGUGUCAGAAAUUUGGAGCUAUCUAUCGUCAUCCGAAGGGCCUCUACAUAACUGUGAAUGACAACAGCAUCAGCAAAAUUCAUCAGAUCCUCUGCAAUUGGCCAGUGUCGGAGGUUCAGGCUAUUGUCGUAACUGACGGUGAACGAAUUCUUGGUCUUGGCGAUUUGGGAGCUUAUGGUAUGGGGAUCCCGGUUGGAAAACUUGCGUUGUAUGUGGCGCUAGGUGGAAUCCAACCACAAUGGUGCUUACCGGUGGUGAUUGACGUUGGCACUAACAACCAGAAACUUCUCGACGAUCCGUUCUACAUCGGGCUUCGGAGGCGUCGAGUUCGUGGCCCAGAGUACGAGUUGUUAUUGGAUAAUUUUAUGAAAGCGGCUACAAAGAGGUUCGGUCGUGAUACACUCAUACAAUUCGAGGAUUUCGCGUUUGAGAACGCUUACACGCUUCUAGACCGCUAUAAGAACGAAUAUUGUGUGUUCAACGACGAUAUCCAAGGUACUGCAUCGGUGGUUGUUGCUGGAUUGCUAGCAGCCACUCGAGUGACUGGCAAGCCACUAUCCGAGAAAAAGAUGGUUUUUCUCGGUGCUGGAGCGGCUGGACUCGGUGUGGCGGAACUUUGUGUAAACCAAAUGGUUGACGAAGGCAUAUCCGAGAAAGAAGCUUGUGAUAAAAUUUACAUGAUGGAUGUUGGCGGGCUGAUCACUAAAAGUCGUCAUCGUUCUCUAACAGAUCGACAUCUAAGAUUUGCUAAGGAUAUGAACGAAACAAAAAGCCUCUUGGAAGUUAUCCAAAAAGUCCAACCAGAGGUUCUAAUAGGAGCAUCCACAGUGGCAGGAGCAUUCACCGAAGAAAUCAUUCGAGAAAUGGCUAGGAUCAACAAGAGACCUGUGAUAUUCGCGUUAUCGAAUCCGACCACAAAAGCGGAAUGCACGGCAGAGGCUGCCUAUCGAUUCACUGAUGGUAGCGUCCUUUUCGCAUCCGGAUCACCUUUUGACAACGUCGAACUGAACGGGAAGAUCUAUAAACCCGGACAAGGAAACAACUCUUACAUAUUUCCUGGAGUAGCACUAGCUGCAAUCGUUUUCAAAGCGAAGCAUAUUCCUGACAAAGCGUUCUUAAUUGCUGCUAGGCGUUGUGCCCAAUCAGUUUCCGUUAAAUCCUUGGAGGAGUAUGCUAGACUCUAUCCACGACUAAGGGAUAUUCGAGAGCUAUCAGUGCACAUAGCGAUUGAUGUUGGUAAUUUUCUCUACGAAAACAAUCUCGCUACACUUCAUCCGGAACCAGAAGAUAAGGAAAUGUAUAUUCGGUCGCAGAUCUAUUCUGUGGAAUAUGACGAACUCAUAAAUAAAACGUAUGAUUGGCCAGCGAAAGACUCCAAACAUGGAUUCCCAGUUCCUGUACUUCCUCGUUCUUCUAUGGACGAAGAAUAA